AUGGGUAUGUUUGAAGGGCUUCCGCUGUGCGCCCACAACCUCAUCAAGAACAAUGAGUGGAAGGGCGGAGGAAUUGUGAGGUUGGACAACGCCUUGUCACGGCCAUCAGCUGGCGACGUUGCAAUCAACUAUCACAUGCUCAAACCGCUGAUAACAUUUUCGCCAGACAAGGUGUGCAGCGGCUACUUCAUCACCGACUGUUUGCUGGGCUUGGAUGAGUUGUUCGAGGGAAAGCUCUUGGUUGACGCUGCUGAUGGGGGCAAGCGCAAAGUGGACAUCGCGGCUGAGGAAGCGAUGAAGCUGAAGAUGUUGAUGGGUGCGGUUCGCGCCUUGUGGCGGAGCUCGCCUUCAGGACAGCACCCGCGGGUCUCAGAACUCAAGGGCAUGCUGCGCCCUAGCCCAUCUCGCCGCCGUCUAAAAGAGGAGGCUAGUGAUGACGAUGCUCCUUCUCCCGCAGCCGCGGCCGAUGCUCCUUCGCCUGACGAUGCUCCUUCUCCCGCAGCCGCGGCCGAUGCUCCUUCGCCUGAUCCUGUUCAAGACGGCGACGCUGCUGGUGGCUCUGACCAAGAGUCUUCUGAGGGUGGCCCUGAGUCUGACCAUGGCAGUGUGGUUCGUGUGCCGGAGGAGAGGGAUAUCUUAA